AUAAUUUAUUUUUGAUAAAAGUGUUGACAUUUAAAUACCUAUUUUCUAAACGUAUUGUACAUAGAGUACUUAAGUAUUUUUUGUCUUAAAAUAUCUAUCAUUUUUAUUCUAUCAAAUAAACGAUGGCUCCAAACAUUGUAGUUGUCACUGGUUUUGGACUUUUCCGUGAUUACCAAGUGAAUGCAAGUUGGGAGGUUGCUCGAAUGUUACCUGCAACUGGAAUUGCUGAUGAGUUAAACAUAAAUUUGGUCACGAUCAACGUUCCUGUGUCUUACAAAGAUGUAGACCGGAUUGUGCCAGAUUUGUGGGAUCAAUAUAAACCAGUUCUAAUGAUUCAUUUGGGUGUAUCACACUUAGCUAAAAUCUUAACUGUUGAGUUACUUGCUAAUAGCCAUGGUUAUUGUAAUAUGGAUAUUCAUGGAAACUGUCCAAAUAAUGAGAGUGUAGUCAAUAAUGUAAUUGAAACAGGCUUGAAAAUAGAAUGCACUGAUGAACUAGAUAUAUGUACAUCUCAUGAUGCGGGAAGGUAUUUGUGUGAAUAUAUUUACUUUAAGUCGCUAAGUAUCAAUAAAAAUCAAACAAUAUUUAUCCAUGUACCUAACUUGGAUCAAGAUAAUACAGCUGAAAAAUUAGCUGAGAAACUUAAAUGCAUAAUUAAAAAAUUACUGGAACAAAUUUCUUUUUGAUUUAAUUUAAAAUAUGUGAUUUUUGAAUUAAGUUUU